AUGCUAUCACUAGUCCGUUUGUCACAGAGGGAAUCGUUUCCGGAGGAGAUUUCUGCACUUCAGAGCGGAAAUCAAGUCAAGCCGUCGUCAUCGAUCAACAGACUCACACCAAUUCUCGUUGAUGGGGUACUGUACGUAGGUGGUCGGCUAUCUAAGGCACCUAUUCCAGCGAGUCGCAAGCAUCCAGCGAUUCUCAGCUAUCAUCAUCCCCUGAGCAAACUAGUAGUCAUACACUACCACCAGAAAUUGUUCCACGCUGGGCAACAGCUUCUCAUAAGUAGAGUACGGGAGAAGUACUGGCCCACACAGAUCAGAAGAUUAGCCAACACCGUGCCGUGCUUCCGAUGUAGACCAAAAGUGUUGGAUCAGCUGAUGGCAGAUUUGCCGUCGGAACGAGUUACACCCGCGCCACCGUUCCUGAAAGUUGGUGUCGAUUACUGUGGACCUUUUCCAAUCUUCAUCUGCUUGGUCACGAAGGCUGUUCAUCUGGAGCUGGUGGGAGAUUUAACAAGCGAAGCCUUCCUCGCAGCAUUCAAGCGUUUCGUCGCACGAAGUGGCAAACCAACCCUGGUAAUGUGUGACAACGCUCUCAACUUCGUCGGAGCAAGGCGUAAACUCGACGAACUACACGAACUAUUCCGUAACCAGCAGUUCCAGCAGUCGAUCGUAAAUGAAGCUGAAGAAGACGAGAUAGAAUUUCGAUUCAUCCCAGCACGUUCGCCCAAUUUCGGUGGCCUUUGGGAAGCUGCCGUAAAAUCCUUCAAAAGCCACUUCAAACGCACCAUAAGAUCCAGAACGUUAUUGCACGACGAAAUGCAAACGGUGAUAGUUCAAGUGGAAGCGAUCCUCAACUCCCGUCCGUUGACGCCGAUCAGCAAUGACCCAACAGAUUUCGAAGCAUUGACGCCUGGUCAUUUUCUCGUUCAGCGACCGCUAACAGCUGUUCCAGAGCCGGACCUCAGUCACAUCCCAGAGAAUCGUCUUUCACUGUGGCAAAAAUCGCAAGACUUCGUGCAGCAGAUAUGGUCCUCGCAAUACCUGUCCGAUCUCCAUAACCGAACCAAGUGGACUCGUCGGCGCAAUAACAUCUCCGGUGAUACAAUGGUUCUCGUGAAAGAGGAUAAUCUUCCACCGAUGAAAUGGAAGUUGGGACGAGUAGUAGAGGUUCACGCGGGUUCCGAUGGGAAUAUCCGUGUAGUGACCGUGAGAACGAAGGACGGUCUUUUCCGGAGAGCUAUCUCGAUGAUUUGCGUCCUUCCCAUUCGGAACAAUCAAGCUGUGCCCACUUCUGAGGAGAAUUGA